UUUGUCUCAGUUCCGGCAAGUCUGAACUGCCCAGGACGGCGGGCACUUGGUGUAUUUAGACAGCUCCUAAAUUUUGGUGUAAUCACCGUCCCAUUUGGCUAUAAUUGCGGGCAAUCCUAUCCGAUUAUCUUCGCCAAUUUGGCCUCUUUUGCGGUGCACGAUCGUCCAUAGAAUUUCUGAUUCAUUCUGCUGACGAGCUAGGGUUGCAUAUAACCAGAGGUGACUAGGGUUUGUGGGGAUGUUGUGUGUCAAGUAGUUGAAGCUAUGAAUGAAAAUGGAAGGUUUUAGUGGUGGUGGUAGUAAGAUGCAGAAGCUUCAUUCUUCUUCAGUUCCAAAGCAGCAGAGCAAUAUGGAUUUGCCCUAUUUCAGUGCUUCUCAAAUGGGUGCUCCAAUGAAUCCGUUUUCCCAAAAUUUCGGUCAUGAGAGCUGUAAUAAGAGACCUGGGAUUCCUCCCUCACACCCAAACAACUCUGGUUCGACGUCCUAUUCACAGAUCAUGGGUUCUCGUCCAAAUUCUCAACAAUUGGGUUCGCAGAAUUUGAAGCAGGGGCCUGGUCAUUCAAGAUCAUUAUCUCAGCCAACAUUCUUUUCUCUGGAUUGCUUGCCCCCGUUGAGCCCGUCCCCUUAUCGGGAGCCAUCCAUGUCCUCUCUGUCUGACCCUAUUUCUACUGAUGUGUACAUGGAGGAUAGGGUUGUGAAUUCUGCUGGAAAGUCAUCACUUCCUUCUCCUGUUGCAAUAGGUAAUAAUGAAUUUAGAGCUGGUGAGAGUUUACCUCCCCGUAGAGGACACAGGCGGUCCAACAGUGAUGUUUCUCUGGGAUUUUCUGCUGUGAUUCAGUCUUCGCCUCAGUUGAUACCUAUUGGGACUCGGGGAGCAUUGGAGAGACAGGUUACGGGAAGGGAGAAUUUGGGGGCGGAGAAACCAAUUCAGUUAGUGAAAAAGGAAUCUGAAUGGAGUAAGGAUGGUAAUGGCAAUGCAGAUGGGUUCGGUGAACGGAAAUCGGAGGGAGAGGAUGUGGAUGACUUGUUUAGUGCAUUCAUUAAUUUGGACAAUAUUGAUACAUUGAACUCUUCUGGUACUGAGGAAAAGGAUUUGGAUAGCAGAGCCAGUGGCACAAAGACAAAUGAGGGUGAAAGCAGUGACAAUGAAGUGGAGAGCAGAGUAGGUGGAUAUCCAAUCAGCCUGCAGGGGACAAGCAUUUCGAGAGAGAGGAAGGAAGGACUCAAGAGGCGUGCUUCUGGAGAUAUUGCCCCUUCUGCACGACAUUAUAGAAGUGUUUCAAUGGAUAGUUACAUGGGAAGUCUGCAAUUUGAUGAUGACUCAUUGAAGCUUCCUCCACAAAAUUCAGGGGGUCAAGGAUCUCCCGGUGACUCAAUGGAUGCAAUUUUGACUAAGUCCAAUUUGGCGCUUGGUAAUGAUUUUUUCACUCCAGCUGAGAUGAAAAAGAUCAUGGAAAAUGAGAAACUUGCAGAGAUGUUAUCUGUAGACCCGAAACGUGUCAAAAGGAUUCUGGCUAAUCGUCUGUCAGCUGCUCGUUCCAAGGAGCGAAAGAUGCAAUACAUUGUUGAGUUAGAACACAAGGUGCAAACUUUGCAGACAGAGGCAACCACUUUAUCUGCCCAGCUAACGAUGUUGCAGAGGGAUUCAGCAGGGCUGACAACACACAACAAUGAGUUGAAAUUCCGCCUUCAGGCCAUGGAGCAACAGGCCCAAUUGAAAGAUGCUUUAAACGAUGCAUUAGCUGCAGAAGUCCAGCGAUUGAAGCUUACUGUGGCAGAACUUAGUGGAGAAUCUCAACUCUCAAACUGCAUGCUGCAACAGCUUUCCCUCAACAACCAAAUGUUCUCAUUGCAGCCACAGCAGCAAAAUGCUUAUCCGAUGCAACAGCAAUCCCCACAGCCAGCUCAAAACAACCAGUCCCAAACCCAGGACCAGAAUGGUGAACCUACUGCAAAUGAGUCCAAGUGAUAGGCCAAGUCAACCCCAGGUCUCCAUGCAUUCUCAUUUGCAGAACUGCAUUUCAAUUAAUUUUCUUCAUAUACAUACAAACUCCUAUAUCCAUUAUUAGCAUAUUUUUUGUAUUGAUUCUCCUAAGUAUUUGACCAUUGUUUUGUUUGUUGCUUUCAUUGUGUUGCCUAUUGGCAUAGAAAAACCUACUGCAUGUUUCUAUGAACAAUCAAAUGGUAUCAUCAUUCUUAUAUGUAUUACCAAUUGCUAAGAAUUCUUUA